CUAUACACUUGCAUGUGACAUAUGAAGAAUCUAGUUGCUUUUAUUUAAAAAUAGGUGUUAUUAAUGUAAGUUCUAAAGUUUUCUUUUUUGGAUAUUGCUUAGAAAUGGGUAGGACGUGUGUGACACCAUGCUGCAGAACUGGAUAUCCUCUAGAGAAAGGUAAAAGCCAGAAAAUUGGACCAAAACCAGCACUGUUUAAAGCCCCAAAAGGCCCUGACUUGUUUAAGAAUUGGAAACAGAAUUUACCAAGGAAAGAAUUUUUGUUAACCAAGAGCUCUUUUGUGAGUGAGCUGCAUUUUCUUCCAGAGGAUGUACAAAACACAUAUUCUGGAGUUCCAUCUGACAUUACUGCACUUCAAACGGUACGCAAAAGAUUAAGACCUGGGGCCGUGCCUGUUUUAUGGCCUGUCAGGAUGCCCAAACCAUCUGUCAAGGAGAGAGACACAAAAAAAGAAACCUCCAAAAAAGAGAGAUCGUCCCAACUCUCCAAAGGAAAGAACAGUGAAGAACAGCAGUGAUGUUGAGUCUGA